AUGUUUGGUAGCAAGCCAUGGCCCGGAGUCAACUCUGCGGAAGAGUAUCUUUUAAAAUGUCCGACAAAAAAAUGCCAAAUAACGUAUGAUGUCUACGAUAUAGGAAAAAGUGAUCUAGUUAUUUUUCAUGCUCGUGAUAUGCAAAGUUAUGUAAGAACGAAAGAAAUUCAACAGAUUCACAAUUACCGGUGUCCACAGCAAAGAAUGGCGUUUUUAAACCAAGAAUCCAUUGUCAAUGACCCAGAUUUAAAGAACCGUCUUUCCUUGCCGGAGGGGUUCUUUAAUUGGACUAUAACUUUCAAAAGGGAGUCAGAUUUUCACUAUCCUUAUGGAAAUUAUGUUUCUUUGUCGUCAGCUAAGAGACCAGCGAGAAUUUCUGACCAUGCAGCUGAGAAAAACAAAUUUGUGUUAUGGGCUGUUUCCAAUUGUGGAAGAACUCGAGAUAAGUACGUAAAAAAACUUCUGAAAUACGUUAAAGUUGAUGUUUAUGGCGACUGUUCGGAAAACUUUGACCAAGACAAUCAAUGCCAACCAUCAAGCAAUUGCGAUGAUAUUUUCAGCUCAUAUAAAUUUUAUCUGGCAUUUGAAAACAGCGUUUGUACUGAUUACAUUACUGAGAAGUUUUGGCGUACACUUGGUUGGAAUUCAGUGCCUAUAACACUGACAAGAGAUUUCUACACACCAGAUGUAGUACCUCCAGGCUCAUUUAUAAGUGUGCAAGACUUUCCAUCUGUUAAGGCUUUGGCAGAAUACCUGUUAUACCUCGACAAAAAUGACACUGCCUAUAAUGAAUACUUCACAUGGAAAAAAGCAUUCGUUUAUUCAGGGAUCUUGGGAUUAACACAUACAGCCUGUGACAUAUGUGAUGCUCUUCAUAAUGAAUGUGUUCAACCCAAAUUUUAUAAAGAUAUAUUCAAGACUUUUUGGAACGAUAAUGUUGAUUGCAAAGAGAAAGAGGGAAAACUUUUACAUCUCAUAGAUAGAGAGGAAGAGUGAUCAGUGUAUGUCGAAUAUCCAUUGAUUUUCGAAUGUUACUUCCAGUUCCUCCUGGUAGACAAAGUGAAUCACUGAUGUGAAUAACAAACAGAAACUGACUCUAUGAAGGGGCCUUCUCCUGAGCCCUCUGAACUGAGUCAAGGCGCGAGAAUUUCAAGAGUGAUAAUAAAGGACAUGAAAACAACUAAUACUCCAAUAAUUCACACCAGCAAAAAAAGGUUUUGUAAAACCACAGGCGACCCAAGCUCCAGGUGUGAGAUGAUCAUCUUACGAAAUAACAGACAUGGCGAAAUUAUAAGAGUUUGUAUGGGAAUAUUUACGACCGCUCUACGGAAUAAAAAAAUUAGUGAAAUUCUCGCAAAAAAUACCUCACCUCACUUCCACAGUGCGUUGGUUGUUAUCUGACCGCUUACUACGUGGAAGGGAACCCAUUUCAGCGAGUAACGUAGCUACGUAGUAAGUAGUCAGAUAACAAAGGAGGUUUGUUCUUUUGCCGUGAGUCUUUUCCUUUUGCCGUGAGGUUCUUCCUUUUGCUGUGAGGUUCUUCCUUUUGCCGUGAGGUUCUACCUUUUGCCGUGAGGUUAUUUCUUUUGCCGUGACAGUUGUGGGCCACCGAAAAAAUUAAGAAACACAGAACUGAAGAAUUAAAUUUUCCAUAAGUUUCAAGUAGCCACUGGCUUUUAUUUUCAAUUUGCCUAAUUUGAAGAAGACAAACAUCGCUUUAAGCAGUUUCUAUGAAGAAAACCAUUUUCCAACUGUUUUUAACAACACAGCCUAAAGUUUCCGUGUGAAUGGUGUUUAAAUUUAAAAGCAUGCUUUUGGUCAAAACGCCCUUAAGUCGAAGGCCAUGAGCUGCCGCCAUGUUUACAAGUCUGCGUACACCUGCCAAAUCCAUAAAAUGACGUCACGAAGAUUCCAGUACUCCGGUCGUCGAUAACUGUCAAGCAGCCGCGUCGCCUUGUCUUUUGUCCUUAUGCUAGAUCAGUUCGAUUCCUGCGGUGAGUAGGAUUUGUUUCAGUUUCGCGUGACUUUGUAGUGUCCAUGAUAAUGACGCAGAAUAUAUUGAAGAGUUUACUUUGAAGUCUUCACUACCUCCUCCAAGGUAAAAGAAUUCGUUAAGUCAAACAUAUUAAUUUUAUCUACCUUUCGUGAAUUAGCAUGCAUGUCUAACGAGUCGACAUUUCCCCAAGGAUACCCUGACUCUAAAGCUGACGUUUCCAGCGUGAGCCCCUCUUCAUUCGCUCUGAAGAACGACUGCUCCUCGAAAAGUCAGCCACAAUAUCUCUUUACAUUGACUUAUUUACAUCAUAACUCAGUUGACAGAACCAAAAUUAUCUUGCUACACCGCCAGGCCACCAGCGCAGCACUAUAGUUUCUUUAGAAAUUUAUUCCAUUUACUCAUUUGUGACAUGACACAAAAACAUCUUCAUUCUAUACCGAGGGUAAGAUUUAACAUCUUUUAUUCUUUGACUUGAGAUGCAAUCGGUAGAAGAGCGUUCGAAGU